AUAUGGGAUCGAGCGAUCUCCGCCUACAACCAAUACACCGAGAGCUACUAUCUCAUCGAAGGCGGGCUGGGAGCCGAUUCCCCUGAUGCACUGUUUGGGAUCCUCGACAACGAGCUGAAUAGAUUCAAGCAGUAUCGGAAGAAGGGCGAGAAGCUUCGAAGUGCAAUUGAGUCAGUUCUCAAUAUGGUGAAUGCGUUCUCAGAUGUUGUACGAGAGGGUCUCGCGACUCAGUUCCCACCAGCGAAAGCGGUCUCCGUUGCCAUUCGUGUACUGCUAAAGACCGCCAAAGAUGUCGGUGGAAACUAUGACAUGAUCAUCGAGAUGUUCGAGAAGCUCAAAGGCUUUAUGGGACGUCUGCAUGUUUACAUCAAACAAAACAUUACCGAAAAAUUCAAGGAAAUUAUUGUCGACAUUCUUGCUCAGGUGCUCGUGGUACUCGGAGUAGCCACGAAGUGGAUAAAGAAGACCCGCUUUAUUCAAUACUCGAAGAUACUCUUCAGGAAGUCUACGGGGGUAACGGAUGCGAUGGGGAAACUGCAAACAUUCAUCAACCGGGAGGUCCCUAUGAGGUAUAAUCCUUAUUCACGAACGAUUAUUGUCUGUAUCUCAUUGAAGAUCCAAAACAUAGAUGAUGGCCUUCGACAGAUGAUCCACUCGUGGCUCAAGCCACCUGAUCCGACCACGGACUACAAUACAGCUAUUGAAACACGACAGGUUGGAACUGGCGACUGGUUCAUACGCAGAGAGGGUUUUGUUCACUGGAUGAAGACCGCAGGCUCGUUCUUGUGGAUCCAUGGUAUACCUGGCAACGGCAAGACAAUCAUUUGCUCUACGGUCAUCGAAGCUCUUCAAGCUCGAGUUGAUUCCUCUGUCGCGCUGGCGUAUUUCUACUUCGACUUCAAUGACUACGAAAAGCUGAUCCAUCGAAAUAUGUUGCAUUCUCUUGUCUUUCAACUCUUUCAACAAUGUCCUGGUCCGUUGAUUGACCUCUACAAACGAACCAACGACGGCUCACGGCAGUCAACAGUUGGCGAGCUGCUCGAUGUUUUGAAGAGGAGUGCCGGCUCCUUCAGCGAGACUUACAUUAUUCUUGAUGGACUGGACGAGUGCGUUGGCUCAGAGAGAACAGCUGUACUCAGACUCUUGGCCGACAUACAAAGCUGGGAUCUGGAACCUCUUCACGUUCUCGCUGCAAGUCGGCCUGUGCAGGAAAUCAAGGAGAAGAUCAAGUCUUUCCACCGUGCUCAUCACGUUGAUCUUCAUGACGCAACGGCAUACAUCAAGGGCGACAUUCAGGUUUAUCUUGAUAAUACACUGAAAGACGACCCCCGCCUGAAUAAAUGGGGAUCUACGGAAAAAGCGUUGAUCAAAGACACUCUGGUCAAACGUGCAAAUGGGAUGUAUGUCGAUGUCACAACCAUGUUCCGAUGGGUGCACUGUCAACUGGAUAGUCUGCGAGACUGCGUCACGGCAGCGGAUCUCAAGACAGCCCUAAAAAUUCUCCCCAAAACACUGGACGAGACGUAUGAACGCAUCCUCCAAAACAUCCCUGAUCACCGACAAGAGGCAUUUCAUCGAAUCCUACAAUUCCUGUGCUUCUCAGAACGACCGAUGCUGCUUGGCGAACUCGCAGAGGUCGUCACAGUGGCGAUAGAUGCUAAAGGACAGGCACAUUACGACUCUGAGAGCCGCAUGCGCGAUUUAUCGGACGUGCUCAAAGUAUGUGGCAGUUUGGUCUCUCUGUCAACCAGUCCAGGUGCCGCUGAUAAUUCGACGUUCGAUCAAUGGCGCCCUGAAUUUCCCUCUGAAACUCUCGCAGCACGAAUUCUCCGACUAGCACACUUCUCUGUCAAAGAAUACUUGGGCUCUAAACGGAUUCGAACAGGCAGAGCUUCGAAUUACAGUGUCAAUGCCGAGCUCGCCAACAGGUCAAUUGCCAUGACAUGCCUUGUAUAUCUGAUGCAAUUCGACACAGACGAGCUUGACGAGAACAGGAUGAAAAAAGAAACGGAUGUCGCCCUCGCUCUAUAUGCGGCACGGCAUUGGGUUUCCCAUUUUCAGCAGCAGGGCCCCGCCGCUCAUCAGCCUCUGCAAGAUUUAGCACAAGAAUUCUUUCAUCUCCCCCGGCGAGCAUGUUUUCUGAAUUGGAUCAGGAUGUAUGAUUUGGAUCAAAGCUGGGAUCCCCCAAAAUGGCGUCGUGAAGCCGAUACCAUCCCUGAACCUCUGUACUAUUCAUGCAGUGCAGGAUUUCUGAACAUCUCCAGAUGGCUACUCACCAAAGGUGCCAACAUCAACGCGCAAGGAGGACAGUAUGGGAACGCGCUCCAGGCGUCGUCUACCAGUAGCCGCGAAUCUAUCGUUCAACUGCUGCUAGAUGGGGGUGCCGCCAUCAACGCGCAGGGAGGUUAUCUCGGGAAUGCACUGCAGGCAGCAGCUGACGGUGGUCACGAAAAAAUCGUUCGACUACUGCUGGAUCAAGGUGCCGCUAUCAACGCGCAGGGAGGAUACUUCGGGAAUGCGCUGCAAGCAGCAUCUGACGGUGGUCAUGAAACAGUCGUGCGAUUGCUGCUGGACCGAGGUGCUGAUCUCAACACACAAGGAGGAAGGCACGGGAGCGCGUUGCAGGCA